AAACCAGUUCACGAGCAAUGUCGGAAUCCCUUCUUUGAGCACUAAAAUGUGCACUCUGAAUUGAAGAAAAGAAGGGAAAAAAAAAAACUUUUAUUCCAGUUGCUAAAAUAUGCAAUCUGGUCUAGAUGCUUGAAUAUGCACUCUAAGAUUUAUAUCUCGGUUCCAGGCGCUUGAAUAUGCACUCUGGUCCGGGUGCUUUAAUGUGCACACUGGUUACUAUAAUAUAUUAGGUUAGGUGCUUGGAUGUGCACUCCUUUUAAAUUCAGCUGAUCAGAUAAAAUUCGUUUCUUAGCCCAGAUGCUUAAAUAUGCAAGCGGGUCAAUUGUUUAUAUUAGCAAGCUAACAUGUGCUCGCUUAUAUUCAGUUCACAAACAAUUGUCGGCACUUGUUUCACACACGUUGUAUCUUCUCAGUUCUCACUAUCACAGUUUCUUGAAUUUAACACAAAUCACUUCACUUUUUGCAGAGAUCGAUCUGGGCCCAUAACCUGUAGUUAUUUAUACUUUAGGUUAGGGUUCUUCUUCAAGGAGCACACGAUGUUGAGAGAUUCAGUUCAGCACUUUUAUUCACGUCAGUACAGGACAAGUAUAAUAGACACAGUGACACCGGAAAAGGAACAGACAGAAUAAAACAACAUGGAGGCUCCAGCAGGGUGGAGAUAGUAUGACAAACUCCAGUCUACAAGUAUGGGAAAUUGUCACACCACAACAGUUGGUUAUAGGUCGGCCCCGGGGGAACCUUCACACUUCGUGAAGACAACCGACCACCGCUUCAAGGUGGGUCAGAAAUCGAACUCCUAGCACAGCAAAUUCACUGUAAUUCAAAGGGUCAGACAUCUCACCUAUUUUCGGCGAUACAAAAUAUAUCACCGAAAAAAAGGUCGUACACGAAUGUUUCACGGAAAAAAUGGUCGUACACGUAUUACCGAAAUAAAGGUCGUACACUAAUGUCACCGAAAAAAGGUGAGACAUCAGCGAGAAUGGCCCUUGGCCCUUGUUUUCCUGGGGAAGUAUCACCCUUUUAUCGGUGAUACAUAUGUGAACGACCUUUUUUUCGGUGAUACGUGCGUGUACGACCAUUUUUCCGCUGAUACAUUUUAGUAGUAUCACCCUUUUUCGGUGAGACAGUUAUGUCUACCCCCUCAGAGGGUGAGAUGUAUCACUAUUUGAUUUUCAGUGUAGCAACAAAGGUAAACCAGCAGCAAAACCUAAACUAAAAAAAAUAAAUAUUCGUUAACCUAUUUUAGGCCCACAGGCAAAAUAGAGAAGCUUAGCAUAGUAAGAGUGCAUACAUGUAGCAUCUGAAAAAUAAAACCCUUUUAAGAACUGAAAAAAAAAUCCAAAAAAUUCCCUAUGGGGGCAACAUUUGGUGCAAGUUUGGACCGGAUCCGAGAUGGUGAAAUUCAGGUCCUGUAAAAACCUCCGAUUUUUACCCAAUGAUAUUUGUCACGAAUGAAUGUGUGGUCGGUUCCGAUGUUGAAAAACUUACACGGCAAGGAAAAGUGUCAGAAGUACAAGGAAAUCUGUGGACCUCUCGUCGUGACACCAGGGCCCGUACAUAAUGGUCGUCAAGCGGUUCUGCCCCUGCUCCGACAACGACACAGAGGCGCAGCACGAUGCCAGCACUCUGCGCUUCAGUCACUUCAACCCGGCCAAGCCGUACGAGCCGCAGACAGUCACCGGCACCUUGACGAUCCCUUUCGACCUGGACGAUUCCUACUGGGUGAGUGUCAGGGUUGACAAGCGAGCCAACAACCAGUGGAAGAAGAACUACUUCGUGUUAAACCGAUUCCCCGUGGGCUUCUGCUCCACGGUUCGGACGAACAUCCCUGAAGGCUUCGCCAGGGUGCUGGGCCCGAAGAGCUUGACCGGGCGCUGCAACGUACCGAAGAACACGUACGCCUUCGACCACGUGCCUUUCAAUUGGACCCUAGCCAACUACCCGACUCUGCCCUACGGAAGCUACGUCAUGGAGCUCAGAGCACAGCAACCCGUCAGCAACGGCUUAGCCAGCAACACCUCCGCGUUCAAACGUUGCUUCGAGUACGACAUCAAACAGAAGCCCUAACCUAGCCAUCGGGGCGCCCAGUGCAUACACUGUUAUAAAAUGGUUGUAUAGAAACAAUCACAUGAGUGAAAAUUGAGUUGUUCCAAAACAAAGAGUUUUAUCAUGAACCAAAGCAAAAGAAAUGUCGUUGAAUCUUGUGAGCAAAAAAUUGUCGUUGAAGAACAAAAUUCUUGUUUUCACCCUUAACGAUACUAUUUGUAUGGAAACAAAAUCUUUUGCAAUUAUCUGCUCAAUUAAAGCAUAUUAUGAAUUAUCAUCUAUCGGUCUUCUUUCGUCAUAGCAACAUUACUGUUAUUAAAAAAAGAAUUAGGCAAAAUAAAUUUAGCGACAAAAGUACUCCAUGAAUACUUGUCCCAGACAUUACAAAAUAUUUUUCGACUAACAAGACUUGUCGUUGACCAACAACAUUUGUUGUUGUGUUAGCAAUAAAAUGCUCAUGCCAGGUGUUAGCAAUAAAAUGCUCAUGCCAGGUCAACUAAGCACGACACUAGCCGUAGGCAGAGCCGCGGCGCGCCACAGUCGCGCCGUCAGGGUAGGCAACCCGUCUCACGCGGCCAACCGCACCGGGCCACCGAGCAUCGCGGUGUCGGGCCGAACGCCCCGCGCAGUCCACUUGGCGCACCCUGCGUGAGUUCCCUGUAUGGCCAGCAUGGAUGCCAGGCCAGGGCUGGAAUGAUAACUUCGAACGGAGACAGCCUCGACUCGCGGAGACGGCCCCUCGACCGCGCUGCGUUCGGGCGUGAGAGCGCGGUGGCAGCGCGAUGUAAGACAAAAAAAAGGCGACAAGCAAUCGUUUUAGGCGUCCUGGCUGGACGGUGAUAAGACGUCAUAGAGACGCUUGUCAGCGUGGCAUCGCGGGCGCGGCUGUGACAUCAUUACGAUUUGCAGGCGGCCGGGUCAGGCCCAGUAUCAUGGGAAAGCCCAGCGCAGGCCGAAGGGGAGACGCGAACGGGUUGCUGGAGCAAGGCCUCCACAAACAACUAGGGCCCCAAAACGGCAUGCAGGUGGGGUCGGGCCAUGUGGCCUGAGCCGGGCCCCGAGGGCCUAAAGGGUGACGUUGGCUGCAGGUCGUUAAGUGUGCCGAUACUUGUCAGCCGUCGUGUUUUCUCGCAGUGCGGUGUCGUGUCUCGGAGAGAGACAGACAGGUGGCACGCUCAUUUCUUUAAUUUUUUUGGCUCCGAUGCGCGGCUUGUUCGGCCGCACAUCUGGAAGUUGACGCGCCGUGGAGUCAAAGGUGAAAGUGCCCUCCCACGUGAUAAGCGCUGGCGAGGCGGGACUCGAAAAUCUAAAUAGUGUGAUUCCGAGCGUCGCCGCUUGGUCCGGGCGACAACGAGAGUGGAAGGGGGGAGGGAGGAACUGGUGACCUGUGACCUGGCGGCACCAGCUGCGUCAGCCUUGCGCCCUCCCUGCCCCAGCGUAAGGUGAAGGGCAGGGAGGCGGGGACGAACGAAAGACCGUCCUAGCAGGGGACGAUAGUCGGGUGCAUUUUUUUUAAUUUGUUCACGCGUUCCCCUCCCCGUCGCUGGAUUGCCCGGCUCUGAUUCGAGGAGAGGAGCUUGUCACCGCUCGGCCCGGGUCUGUGGGAACCAUCCGAACUGCACAUGUUCGGGUGCAUCAUGGCGGCCCCCGCGCGAUGAAACAAAAUGGGGGGGGCGGGGAAGCGCGCCGGCCUCCAAGGAGGCUGGCAGGCCCGAGGCACGGGACGACAUCUUGGACGCAUAAAUUUGGGAAGGGGAGGGCGAGGGGUCACCAGCGGCCCUGUCAUCCUUGUCCGCCGAGCAAGUGCGAUCACGCAGUAUCACUGUUUUUUUUAAUCAUGCCGACAUCUGGCCCGCCGCUGCGCGGCGGAGCCACCGCGGGAAAAUUCAGACCGCCCUCCCCAUCGCUUCACCCCGAAGCGUUAGAUAUAAGCCCCGGCACGGCGACAGAACGUCACUUCUCUCUGGCUCCUCCUGCUGAACGGACCUCGGGUGCUGAGGCUCUGGGUAUGUGCGAGUGUGUGUAAGCUAAGUGCUGGCGGGCUUAGUGGCCCUUUUGACUUAGGUGUAAACAGUUAGUGUGUAAUGUGAGUAGGUGUGUUGUCGUGUGUAGCCUUGCCCUGUGUCUAGUGGUUUGCCAUUACUGUCAAUCAAUCUGCUGUGUAAUAAGCGGCUGUGUCAAUUGUCAAUCAACCUGCCGUGUACUAAGCGGCUGUGUCAACUGUCAAUCAAUCUGCCGUGUGCUAAGCGGUCAUGUCACGUGUCAAUCAAUCUGCCGUGUGCUAAGCGGCCAGUGUGUUAUUUAACCCGCCGUUGCCUAGCGGCUAGCUGAAACUUUGGGUGAACAGUGAACUCACGAUGUGAACCAGUUGUGGAAAAGAUGCAGCCAGUGUUAAUUUUAAUCCUGUUGUAUACCAGUUGACCAGGGGCAAGUGCGAACAAGUGUGUAUGGUAUUUUAUUGGUUAAGCAAAGUAUUGGUUGAUCAUGUGUAAUUUUGAACUAAGCCUAGUUGAAUAUUAUCAUGCCAAAUUACAGUCAAGUGAUGUUUUGAUUGGGAAAGUAACCCAAUUGUGUCUAGUGUAAUAACGCUGCCAAAGACUGAUUUCAUUGUUCUUCCCUCAUCUGUGAGGGAUGUCAAAUAAUUGUGUGGUCAGGAAUGAUAGUCUUGUCAAUUAACUGAAGUGUUAAUGAUGGUUAUAUGAGUAAGCAUAAAUGGUAAAUAAUCGGUAAAGAAUAUUUAACUGUUUUGAAAUCAAUCCAAUAAACCAAAGUGUUUCAAACCAA